AUGAAGAAAUAUAUCAAUAUCGUAGGAGUUGCCGUCCUUGGGCAUGCUGUCACUUAGGAAAAUGUAAUCGCUACAGAACUAUCAGUUUAAAACCCAAAUCCAUAAGUCAUCCUUUAUAGUGGAUAUGAUCCACUAUACGAACAAUAACAUCAACUUAAGGAAGGUGCUUAUCUUGAUGCAAUGCAAAAGAUUUAUGGAACUUCUGUAUAAUCACCAAAAGAUGACGCUAAUAAUGAUGAUCCACUCUUUGACCUUAAAAGAGAAUUAAAGCAAGCAGAUUACCUCUAAAUGUUACAAAAUAUCUAAGAUAGACCUCAAGGUACUAAUGGAGCAAACCCAUUAAGUAAUACUGAAUAUCAACUUAGAGAAUAAGCUUACCUAUAAUCUCUUCAAAAGAUUUAUGGAACUAAAGUCCAAGAGCCAAUGGUAUAAAUGACACUCAAUAAUGGAAAUGUACAACAAUAAUAAUUUAUGAUGGGCUAUCAUCAAAUAACUGACGCUGAAAUUUAAAAAGAAUUAGACUAUAUGAGAGGUAGAAGUGCUUAGAAUGCUAAAUCACCAAAUGUUUAGAAAGGUAAUGAGCUUUCUGAAUUACAAAGAGAAAUGAUAAAAUCAAAAUAUCUCGGUGGAAUGCAAAAUAUCAAUGGUCAUUAUGCUAAUGUAUAAUCACCUCAAUAUGGAUACUACGAUCCAUUAUAUCAGCAAAAGCACCAACUUAAAUAAGGAGGUUACCUUGAUGCAAUGUAAAAGAUUUAUGGUACUUCCGUCCAAGAACCAAACGUUCAAGGAGGAGAUCCAUUAGCAGAUGUUGAGAGAGAAAUGAAGUAAGCUGCCUAUCUUGAAGCACUAUAAAACAUCCAUGGACACUACAAUGUCUAAUCUUCAAAAGUUGAGAAUAUCGAUAAUGCAGAGAUAGAGAGAGAAUUUAAAUAAGCACUACUACUCAAUCCUAUUAAUGAUAUCGUAGUUCAUCCUUAUGCCAAUGUUUAAGCUCGUCUUCACAAGCAAGUCCCGGUUGAUCCAUUGUAAUAAACUUAAUGGGAACUGAAAGAGCAGGCAAAACUUGAAGCUCUCCAAAAAAUCUAUGGAAAUAAUGUUCAAUCGGGAAACCCUUUGUCUGAUUUAGAGAGAGAAAUGAAAUAAGCUACCUACUUAAAUGGAAUGCAAAAUAUCUACGGACAUUAUGCAAAGGUCUAAUCACCAAAAUCUUAAUACUUGUGGGAGAACUAUUAAUAGAUAGAGUGUAAAAGAGCCCCAUGUCCAUCAUACCCUAUGAGCAAGAUGCAUAAUGAACCUUAUAAUUAAGAUGUGAAUAAAAUCUAUGGACCUCAAGUUUAAAAGCAAAAGGCUAAAGAUUACAACCCACUAGCUGAUGUUGAGAGAGAAAUGAAGCAAGCAGCUUAUCUUGAGGCACUUGAGAGGAUUCACGGGGACUUGACACCUCAUGUUCAAGACUAUAAGGAUAAAUCAGAGAUGAGGCCUAUCAGAGGAUACAGAAGUGACUGGGAAGAUGAUGAAUGA